AUGAUUCGCGCCAGAUGGUGCCAUGGCUACCAGGAAGGACCCAAAGGGGCAGACGACAAGCACGCAGAAGCAACAGGACAUGGAGCUGGCGUGCAGCACACACACAUGGUAAAUGCAAGAAGGCACGGCGAAUCUGGCGGCGGCCCAUUCGCUGGAGUGGAGCAUGGCACGGGAUUCCGCGCAGCAGUCUUACCGCUGCAGUGGGCGUGCAAGGCCAAUGCGAGGCAGGGCGGGCGCAGCAUAGAAGGGCCGCCGCCUGUGCAGACAGACAAGCAGGCUGGCGGGCUGGCGGUGGUGUGUAGUGUAUGCGUGGGUGUGGGUGUGGAGGCCCAUGGCUGGCGGAGAGGGGCGGGCAGCAGGGCACAGUAG